UGGCUGCACUGGCUGCUCUAACGACUGCAACGGCCGUGGCACUUGUGCUUUAGACUCGGAUUUCAACCCCUACUGCAAGUGCCAGAACCAGUUCGACCCUGCCAAAGCCUGCACUGUGUGCAAGCAGGGGUACACGAUCGAGUCCAAGUGCGUUGCCUGCGCCCCCUGGUUCUUCUCAGGGCAGAAGGGGCGCUGCACCGUGUGUGGCACCGUGGACAAGAUCCAAGAUCUUACAGGCGAGCUCUCGAACCUCAACAACGCCACACAAGCUGCUUCCUCCAAGCGGUGCCAGCAGAUGUGCCAAAGAGCCCAGUCCCAGACGAAGCUGUACAAGAACUACUGCAAUCUGUGGGCCUUUGUGGAGAACAG